UCAGCUCCAUGUGACUGAAAUGAUCAGUUGUUGCACAAAUGCCGGCCGUUGUUGAACUGAAAUCGGGCUAGUUAACAUUUGGGGGUAAUAACUCUUGAGAACAUAAUUUCAAAAAGGUUCACCCUGAAAACAUGUACCUUGGAAAAAAAAAUUUAAGUGAAGUGGUUUGAAUGUGAUUCAAUUUUUUAAGGGAAAAGUUUAGAUAACACAAAAAAAAAAUAUUUUAACAGAAAAAAGUGAGUGGUGCGAAAGUGUCCCAGUGGAAUCGUUUGCAAUUUUCCAGGGGUUACAAAUAAAGUCGAACUCAAAUGGCAACUUUGAUUGUGAUGCUGUCAUUGUUUACGACAUCACUGGCGGCGGUAAUUACAUAUGAUGCUCCUAAGAACAUAGGACUUGUGGGGUCUAAUGGAAUCAAUGAUGACUUCAAUGAAAACAAGGGACUAUUGGACUUGGUCGCAUCCAAUUCAAGUCUUUUGGAGCUGAUAGGGAAUUCCAGUGGAGGCGUUAUAACAGUUCCCGAUUACGUGAGGAACCCUUCUGAUCUAUCAAUUUCCAAACGGGCCCCAAGUGGAUUCAUGGGAAUGCGUGGCAAAAAGGAUGAUGAAUAUUCGGACUACGUGGGACAAGACCCAAAUUUUGAGGAAAGGGGUCCCUUUAAAUUUGGGAAAAUAUUUGGGAUAUUUAGAAAAAAACCCGGGAAGUUUCCAGGCAUGGUCCGUGUUAAACCGAACAAACGAUUUCCGCUAGGUUUUACAGAAAAAGUUAAAAAAUUUCUAAAAGGAGUGCGAGGAAGAAAGGACCUUCUUGAAUUUGUAUCCGAUAAAAGUGAAAUGCUGCUUGAUGCACUCCAACGUCUUCAAGAGCAACGGGGCGAACAGAACGAAGUGGCUCAAAUGGACUAUCCCUUUGACGAAGAAUUUCUAGAAAAGCUAGAAAGGCUAAUGGAGCUAGAAAAUCUAGCGAAACUAGAAAAGCGGAUGCCCAGCGGCUUUGUAGGAAUGCGUGGCAAAAAGGACUUUGACUAUUCUGCAGAUUAUGUGGAUGAAGAGAAACGGGCACCCAUGGGUUUUUUAGGAAUGCGCGGUAAAAAGGAUGUUUCGGCGCAGUUGCAGGCACAGAAGAGAUCGUCACUGGCCCAGUUGUUUGGUAUCAGAGGGAAGAAACAACCGCUGAACUCUGGUUUUUUCGGUAUGCGUGGUAAAAAGCAACCAAUGGAAUUUCGCGGAAAGUUUGUCGGGGUAAGAGGUAAAAAGAAUAAUAGUAGUUCCCUGCAACAGUUGGAGGAGCAACUAGGUAACAUGGACAAUAACGAAUUCACAGAUAGUCGAGGCAGUGCCGACGAGGACAGCAAAGUGAAAAGGGCGCCCAGCGGUUUCGUAGGGAUGCGAGGAAAAAAAUGGCCUGAUUCAACAAAUCAGGAAUAAACCGGAGAUUGCGCGCCAGAAAUAAAUGAGAAAGGGAACGAAUUCGAAUGUAACUAAUUUCAAUUGUUAAAUAUUGUGUUCGAAAAUGUUGAUAUAUUCAUUGACUUCCUUCUAAGUUCGAGAAAUUAUUAAGGAGCAUAAAAAAUAUUAACAAUUCAACAUAAUCAUGACUACUAAAAUUCCAACAUAUCCUCUAAGCAAUUAUGAAUUAUUUCUAUCAAUAAAAUUUGAUGUAAAAACCUCUAAAUUAAAUAAAUAAAUUCAUAUAACAAAAUAAAAAUGAGAAAUUAUUUCGUGUUUUCGCUGACACGGAGCAACCAUGGGAUGGGAAAAUGGUAUGCGUUCGUAUAAACUAUCUUUAAACUAAAAAAAAAUAAAAGAAAGACUAAUUGAGACAUUUGUACAUGCUAGAAUUUCUCCUACUGUAAACAAACAUAUCGUGACUUAAAUUCAAUAUAUUAAGGCUGGAAUAUAUUAAAUUUAAGUGCAAACUAUAAAACUACUUCGCUAAUCCUUAAAAAAAUACAACAACAAAAGGAGUCAGAGACAGAAUAUGGAACAAAAGAUCAAUUCUACACUGAAGUGUCAAUUUUAACGGCAAAAGUGAUUUAUAUUUAUCUUUUCCACUAUUUAUUUCUAGUCCUUUUAGAAAUAUAUAAAUUAAAACAAAAUAUUCAUAUAUAUAUGUAGUAUAUGUAUGUAUAUGUCUUCGAAAUGUUUUGUUAUAAUAAUGACACUGAUAUCUGUAAACGUGAUUACUGUUAGUGGGAACUAAGUUCAGAAAAAAUCUUUAUUAUUGUUCAAAUAUGAAAGAAAAUUUAUAUUAAAAAUAUAUGAAAAUACUAUAUGUAGAUAUAUGCACAAAAACAAAUAAGGAAGAUUAUAUACAAACAUAAAAUAUCAGAUAUACAUAAAUGUGUCUAUAACAGAAUAACAUAUUUGCAUAGAUACAUACAUCAAAGGGUAUACCUACACAUAUAAACAAAAAGCAAAAAAAUGGAAUUUUAACGUUGCAAAUAUUAUAUAACUAGGUUAUAACAAGACUUCAAUAAAAUGCAGUAUUAAACUAC